AUGGAUGAUUUUUGUGGCUCUCGGUUUUGGGACUUAAAUCUCACCUGGUACACGGAUGAUCCAGAUCUGACGCCAUGCUUCCAGCAAACUGUGCUCGUGUGGGCACCGUGUGCAUUUCUGUGGCUGUUUUCCUUACUAGAACUGUUUUACCUGCGAAAAAGCGCCGACAAAGAUGUACCGUGGAGCAUCGUUAACGUAUCGAAGCUGCUGAUCAUCGUUUCGCUGAUCGUGCUUACUGUUGUUGAUCUCGUCAAGGCAAUCUCAACAGAUGGUAUAACGGCACCAGUGUACUACUAUACACCGGUGAUAAAACUAGCAACCUUCAUAUUUGCCGGAGUGCUCGUGUACCUUAACAAGCACUAUGGUAUGCAAACCUCAGGGCUAUUGUUCAUGUUCUGGUUCCUCUUGGCGGUCUGCAGCAUUCCACGAACCCGCACCGAAAUCAGAGCACACGAAGCACGGACACUCGAAGAUACAUGGGCCGAAUAUCAGUUCAUCAGCUUUUUGAUCUUCUUUUCCCUCACAUGCCUUAUGUUCUUUCUAAAUUUCUUCAUCGACAAACCGCCACGCCAAUCAAAGUACGAAAUCACCGACAAGGAUUGCCCCGAACUAUCUGCCAGCUUUCCGUCACGAAUCUUCUUCGCCUGGUUCGAUAGGUUGGCCUGGGUUGGAUUCAGAAAACCGCUGGAAGUGGAAGAUCUCUGGCAUAUGAAACCCGAAGACUCCUCCAAAGAGGUGUCACCGGCAUUCCUUCAUCAUUGGAAUAAAACGCUCGAAAAGACGUAUCAGACACGGGAAACCAGCAAUGACGUCACGUUCAAAAAGUUGGGCAAUACGGCCAGUGUAGAUUUUCGCACCACGAAAUCGAAAAACAUAGCUUCUAUUCUGCCGGCAUUGAUUAAAACAUUCGGCGGUACCUUCCUGUUUGGAUCGUUCCUGAAGCUAGGCCAAGAUCUUCUGACGUUCGCUUCGCCACAAAUUCUAAAGCUGAUUAUCGAUUUCGUAAGCGGCGAUGAACCGAUGUGGAAGGGACUGAUGUAUGCCAUUACACUGUUUGUGGUUGCUGGUACGCAAACCCUGCUGCUGGGCCAGUACUUCAAUCGGAUGUUUUUUGUCGGACUUCGUAUUCGUACGGCGUUGAUUAGUGCUAUUUAUCGCAAGGCGCUCAUCAUCUCUAACAGUGCGCGGAAAGCUUCGACAGUGGGUGAAAUUGUGAAUCUGAUGGCCGUCGAUGCACAGCGCUUCAUGGAUCUAACCACGUACAUCAACAUGAUCUGGAGUGCUCCACUGCAGAUCGGACUGGCGCUGUACUUUUUGUGGCAAAUAUUGGGUCCAUCCGUGCUAGCCGGGUUGGCAGUGAUGAUCAUCCUCAUCCCGGUGAACGGUGUGAUCGCCAACAUGAUCAAAACGCUCCAGAUCAAACAAAUGAAAAACAAGGACGAGCGUGUUAAGCUAAUGAACGAGGUGUUGAGUGGAAUUAAGGUACUUAAAUUGUACGCUUGGGAACCGAGCUUCGAACAGCAGAUACUUAAAAUUCGUGACAAGGAGGUGAAAGUGCUGAAAUCGGCCGCAUAUCUUAACGCUGGAACAUCGUUUAUCUGGUCUUGCGCACCCUUUUUGGUGUCGUUGGUCACCUUUGCCACUUAUGUGCUGGUGGAUGAGAAUAAUGUAUUGAAUGCAAGCACAGCUUUCGUUUCACUUUCGCUUUUCAACAUUCUACGGUUUCCCUUGUCAAUGUUGCCCAUGCUCAUCUCAAAUAUGGUGCAAACCAGCGUUUCUGUGAAACGUAUCAACACUUUCCUGAAUCAGGAAGAACUCGACCCAGACAACGUACAGCACGACGAAAAGGAAUCUUCUCCACUGCUGAUAGAAAAUGGUGUGUUCUCUUGGGGCGGUGAAGAAACUACCCUGAAGAACAUUAAUGUACGAGUAGAGAAGAAUCAGAUUGUAGCCGUUGUCGGUACGGUCGGGUCUGGCAAGAGCUCACUGCUCUCAGCGUUCCUCGGUGAGAUGGAUAAAAUAUCCGGUCGUGUCAACACGCUCGGUCGCAUUGCGUACGUCAGCCAACAGGCGUGGAUUCAAAAUGCCACCCUCAAGGACAACAUUAUCUUCGGCAAACCGAUGGACCUCAGGCGGUACAAUCGCGUCAUUGAAGCGUGUGCCUUGAAGCCGGACAUUGAAAUGCUUCCCGGUGGUGAUAUGACGGAAAUUGGCGAGAAGGGCAUUAACUUAUCCGGCGGUCAGAAGCAGCGUGUUUCUCUUGCCCGUGCGGUUUACAACGAUGCCGAUGUGUACUUCUUGGAUGAUCCGCUCAGCGCAGUAGAUUCGCACGUUGGAAAGCAUAUUUUCGAGCAGGUGAUCGGUCCUACAGGGUUGCUGUCGAAGAAAACUCGCGUACUAGUAACGCACGGUAUCACGUACCUGCCAAACACGGACAAAAUUUACGUACUGCGAGAGGGCGAAAUUUCGGAAAGUGGUACCUAUCAGGAGCUGAUGGAUAAGAAGGGAUCGUUUGCCGAAUUCCUUAUUCAGCAUCUGCAGGAGGUGAGUGAGGAGGAAGAGGACUUGGAUGAGAUCAAGCAACAAUUAGAGAACAGUGUAGGUGGAGAGGAACUGCUCAAUCAACUGAAGCGCACCAACAGCAAACGAUCGCGAAGUGAAAGUACCUCCGAAACGGGGUAAGUUGUAGUAGCAAUUGUAAAUUACAGUCUAGAUACGAUAAUUUAAAUGGGUUUCUUCGAAUUUAAUUUUCACAGCUCCGUGAAAGAUAUAUCGCGUCAAAAUUCCACAACGGAUAGUAACACAAGCUUACGCCGCCGUACAUCGGAAAAGGUUCCAGAGGUGACGAAAACGAAACUGAUCGAGCAGGAAAAAUCGGAAACUGGAAGCGUUAAAUGGGAUGUGUACAAACAUUAUCUUAAAAGCAUUGGCCUAACGCUCUCGGUAGCAACCGUGAUAUUGAACAUGGUCUUUCAAGGAUUCUCGAUCGGUUCCAACCUCUGGUUAUCGCGCUGGUCUACGGACGAAGCGGCCGAAAAUGAUACCAGCGUAAGGGAUAUGUAUCUCGGUGUUUACGGUGCAUUUGGUGCUGGCCAAGUGUUAAGCACCUUCCUUUCGACGCUGUUCCUUUACGUUGGCGCACUGGAAGCGUCCCGGACGCUGCACAAGACGCUGCUACGGCGCAUACUGCAAGCACCGUUAACGUCCUUUUUCGACAUCACGCCCGUCGGGCGGGUGCUGAAUCGGUUCAGCAAGGACAUUGACACGACGGAUUCCGAUCUGCCGGCGACCCUGCGCGCCUGGAGUGCCUGCUUUUUCGGGGUGGUUGCCACGUUGGUAGUGAUCUGCAUUUCGACGCCAAUCUUUGCGGCUGUCAUCGUACCGAUCGGCAUCCUGUACUACGCCGUGCAGCGCUUUUAUGUGGCCACAUCGCGACAGCUGAAACGUUUGGAGUCGGUGUCACGAUCACCGAUCUAUUCGCACUUUGGCGAAACCAUCCAGGGUGUGCAGACGAUCCGGGCCUACAGUGUGCAGGAUAGAUUCAUCACGGAAUCGGAUGAAAAGGUUGACUCGAAUCAACUGUGCUACUGUCCAAGUAUCAUCGCAAACCGCUGGCUUGCCGUACGGCUCGAGAUGGUUGGCAACUUGAUCAUUUUGUUCGCCGCGCUGUUCGCCGUACUCGGGCGAGAAACGAUGAACGCCGGUCUGGUCGGUUUGUCCGUAUCGUACGCGCUGCAGAUCACGCAAACGCUCAACUGGCUCGUGCGCAUGACAUCUGACGUGGAAACGAACAUUGUCGCCGUGGAGCGUAUCAAGGAGUACGGUGAAACGAAACAGGAAGCGGCCUGGGAACUUCCAAACAGCACGCUGCCUCGCGAUUGGCCCGAACAGGGUAUGGUUGAGUUCCGCGAUUUCCAGGUACGGUAUCGCGAGGGUCUCGAUCUGGUGCUGCGCGGUAUCUCGUUUACGGUCAAUGGUGGCGAAAAAGUCGGCAUCGUCGGUCGUACCGGUGCGGGAAAAUCCAGCCUUACGCUGGCGCUGUUCCGCAUCAUUGAGUCGGCCGGCGGUUCGAUCGUUAUCGAUGGACAGGACAUUUCGCAGCUUGGUCUGCAUUCGCUUCGUUCGCGGUUAACCAUUAUCCCGCAAGAUCCGGUUCUGUUCUCCGGUACACUGCGCAUCAAUCUCGAUCCGUUCAAUGCACACUCGGACGAUGACAUCUGGAAGGCGUUGGAACAUGCCCAUCUGAAAUCGUUCGUUAAAGGCUUAACCGCUGGAAUCAACCAUGAAGUUACGGAAGGUGGCGAGAAUCUGUCCGUCGGCCAGCGACAACUCAUCUGCUUGGCUCGUGCCCUGCUGCGUAAGACCAAGGUGCUCAUUCUGGACGAAGCAACGGCUGCCGUGGAUCUCGAAACAGAUGAUCUGAUUCAGCGCACCAUUCGCACGGAGUUUAAGGACUGCACCGUGCUGACCAUCGCUCACCGGCUGAACACCAUCAUGGACUCGGACAAGGUUAUCGUGCUUGACAAGGGCCAGAUUGUGGAGUUUGCACCACCGUCCGAGUUGUUGCAGUUGAAGAAUUCCGCCUUCUACAGUAUGGCCAAGGAUGCUGGUUUGGUGUAA